AUGAUCGGCGACUUUGAGUACCUGCAGCAGCGCGUAGCGCUCCAAGUCGACGUCUUACACCGACACGUGACUGGCGUUGCUGAAGUUGUGCUGGCGCCACGCGCAUCGGAGCUCCGUUUGCUCCGUCUGCAUGCGCGGCAACUCAAGGUGCGGACCGUGCGCAUUGACGGCAUCGCGGCACCUUUCGAGCAACUUAAUUUCCUGGACGAGGUCGUGGACGAGAACUACCGCGAUGUCGCCACGUUUGACCUCUUCUACCGCGGCGCUAUUGUGGCGUCAAAAGAAGGUGAGUUGAUCAUUGAAAUACCAAAGCACGUUUCGUUUCUCGAGGACGACGAGACCGAUGAGGCUUCGAGCAACAUAAGCGAGCAACAGGCUACCGGUGCUGCGACGGACGACGAUCCAGUACCAGAGGAUAGUUCUACCGGUCAUGGGCAUACGUUGCUAUUCGAUGCGUGGGACAUUGACCGUCUUCCGAAGAGCUCGACGGGCUAUAAGCCAAUUGUCGUGAGGAUCGAGUACGACAUUCAUGAGCCUACGGGAGGGCUGAGAUUUAUGCUGCCGGACGAAGAGUACCAGCCGAAGAGGUCCCCUCAUAUGUAUACUUAUUGUGGACCUUUUGGAGGACUGUGUGAUGGCGCGCGCACCUGGAUGCCGUGCCGAGACACUCUUCGAGACGCCUGUACAUUCCGAAUCGAGCUGACUGUGCCGGACUGGUGCGUGGCUGUGUGCAGUGGGCAAAUGGUACAGCAAGUGCUGAACCCGGAGAGCGACAGUGAUGGAGUACAAUGGCGAACGUUUAAAUAUGUGGUGAAUCCGAAGACCAACUGCUCGUCGAUAGGUUUUGCUGUCGGCCCUUUUCGGCUCUACGUGCCACCAGAGAUGCCUCUCAUGACGCAUUUUGCGCUGCCUGAGUGUUUUGAAGAUUUAGUGCAAUGCACAUCGAGGUUGGCUUCGGCCAUGACGUAUUUCGAAACUGCCCUGGGAGCAUCGUACCCGUUCAAGACUUAUCAGCAGGUGUUUGUGGAGGAUUUGCCGGACCAGCUACAAUAUAUAGCUGGCGGGGCCAUGCUCGACCAGAACUUGCUGCAUGGACCAAGAAUCAUUGACCGCGAGUUGCUUUCGCACUUAGCGCAAGUAAAGGGGCUAGCAGGCAGCUGGGUUAGUGGCGUUGUCGGCAUCCAGAGCACGAAGGACGCAUGGGUGCUCAUUGGCGUGAUUGGCCAUCUUGUCAACACAUACGUGCGGUCGGUGUACGGUGAGGAAGAGUAUGGCUACCGCAUCCAGCUUGCUAUGGAUGCACUGACUACGAUGGAGCUGACGACGGAUCAGCAGUCACCUGCGUUGCUGUCUUCUGAGGUAGAUGUGUAUUCGGAAUAUGACCCAACAUCUCUGACAAUGCUAGAAAUCAAGGCACCUCUCGUACUGCACAUGAUUGAGCAACGCGUCGGUCCAAAACAUCUCAGCAUCGCUAUCCAGCGUGCAGUAUCGGGUGGGAUCGCACGAGAAGUGGCUAGCAGUAACGCAAACAGUGGAGGUGACGCUCAGACAACAGGAGACGGAAACAGAGAUGACAAGGCAAACAAGAUCAGCUAUGGCAAGAAGAGCGCUGGACGUGAUGAUGAAGAAGAAGUGGGCGAUGCUGCAGGUGCAGCUGAAAAAGUGGCUGGGGGUUCGGCCGUGGCGGAACCGUUGACAACACUGUCAUUUUUGAAGACGGUGAAGACGAUUGCAGGUGCGUCAGGUCAGGAUCUUACGAAGUCUUUUCUCUCUUCAUGGAUUAUCGAACCUGGAAUGCCGUUCUUUACCGUCGGAUAUUGGUAUAAUCGUAAGCAGACGCAAGCGGAAGUGGUGUUGCAACAAGAAAUUCCGCCUGGUGGAAAGCUGUACACCGGUCCGAUCACAGUUACCAUCGUGGAGGAUACGAGCGAAUACUCAUACCAGAAGCGCAUCGAGCACAAGCGGCAUAAGUUUGAUUUCCCGUGUCACUCUAAGGUCCGAAAGAAACGUCGGAAACGACAGGGACUUGCAGAUCCUGACGACUCAGUGUCUGUUGGUGGCCCUGGUAUGGGCUUGAAUGACACACCUGUGUUUUGGGUGAAAAUCGAUACAGGGUGUGCGUGGCUGCGGCACGUCGUGAUGCACCAGCCAGACUUUAAUUGGAUGGAGCAGUUGCUGUCUGACAAAAAGGUUGGCUCACGCGUGCAUGCCGCACGUGCUCUUGCAUUAUUCCAUCGACCGCAUGAAAAGCCCAAUGUGAUGUCAUGUCGAGUGCUGACGGAGUGUAUGAGCGGUCUGACGACUCACUCAAGACGAUUGCGCGCCGAAGCUGCUCGCUCGCUCGGGAUUUGGCAAUCAAUUCAUGCACCACUUACCAAUGCAAAUACACAGCUUCCGAUUUGGAAGGGGAUGCACAACUUGGUGCGUAUCUUCAAGGAGCACUUUUUUGAUCGAACGACAGAUAUGCCACUGCCGAAUUACUUCUUGCCGUCUGGCGGAAAGGUUGUUUUGGAAGCUCUUGGAGCACAGCAGGCAUCGUUCUCGAGUAAGCAGAUUCAGGUACAGGACUAUGCUGCCGGAGAGUAUGAGAUCAAGAAAAGCAUUCCAAGGGCACUUGCUGUCAUACGUGCUCAAAAUGGCAAGACGCCACCAGAAAUUGAGACGUUUCUGUUGCAGCUACUGACUGAAAACGACAACUCGAAGAAUUACGUUGAAAUGAACGAUCAAUCGCAAGUUGCUGACGACUGCUACUAUAUUGGCAAUCUGGUUUUGUCACUGUCUGUCCUAAACGUUGACGGUCCAGCGCGGUCAGACGAUGGCGACUCGCUCGUUGUGCGAGAGAUUUUGCGUUACCUGCAUUACGACCAGGUGCAGCCAAGCUAUAACAAGACGAUCACUGUAUGCUGUCUCGAAGCGCUGUGUAAUCUGGUUUUGGCCGGACGAUGUGAGGAGAAGUUGGUGAAUUUUCGCUCAUUCGCUUCACCAAAGCAUUUUAACGCUGUUCGUAAAGUUGCCAUCGAAAGCAUACUUCGCUUAUUCUUCGCUGAAGAUCCUGCUGGCCCGACGGGCGACGACAAGUCUUCGUUUACGGGAGCUCACUUCCCCGGCGUUUCCGUCGCGCACCAGAAGGUUGGACGAUCGUCACCACAGGAUCCGUCUUUCAUGUUGGCAAACAGUUUCGGUGCUACGGCAGCCUUGUUGUGGCUGUGCCAACUCCUAAAAACUGAGGAAUCACCUGGCAUCCGAUUGUUUGCUGUGCAUGUUUGCCUUAACUGCAUGCGCGGGUUUCCGCCCGGUGUUGGGAAAGAAGUCCUAGCUACGUGGGAUUACAGCUAUACGUUAGGCUUGAUGAACUACAUUGAGAUGAAGGAGCCGACAUCGUUUGUUUUAAAGAGCCCGGAGAAAGACCAAGUGUUAGGGUUGUUCGAUCGUCCCGACCUUAGCAAGCUUCGCGAUGAUAGCAGCUCCGCCAAGCGUAUCGUUGAAGAGCUGUGGGGUUUAAUGAAUACGACUGCUGCAAUGGAUCAGCGACUACGCGUGGCGCUCAUCGUCUUGUAUCGAAAGAUUUGGGGCGAAACGACUCCCAUCUCAGUUGCUCACAUCGUUCAGGAUAAGGGUACGAACUGGGCUGGUGGCUAUGAAAGCCUUCGGAUCAUGAUGGAAGACAGCAAGAAUCGGAUGCUGAUGAGCAGCUCAGGUCGUGGCGGCAAUAGUGCUGGGCUGAACGGCCCCGAUGCCAGCAGCGGGUCGGGCAAGAAAAGUAGUGACGAGCGGAAGCGAGUUUUUUCGUCCAACGCUAGCAACCUACCCGAUUCUUCGCUCGAGCAGUUCCGCGGCAAGAAGUUCAAGUUUAAAAUGGGCGACACGACGUUUCGAUCACACAAGCUGUAG